AUGGAGACGCUGGGGCAGGUCAAGCAACGCCAUAAGCUUGAAAUGCGAACACUGCAAAACGAGAUUAAAUUGUUCCAGAAGAAGGCCAAGAAAGAGCGAAUGGGCAAAAAGGAGAUCGAAGAGAAGAUCUUAAGUAUGGAAAUCGCUGUUAAGGAACGACAGGAUCAGGAGCUGGAAGGAUAUGAGGCAGAAAUGGCGAAGGACGCUUCACCCUCAGCUGCUCCCGAUUUUGAAUUAGCAGAGUUAUCCAAACAAGCCAAGACUCAAGCAAAAGCUCAGCGUAAGCGUGAAGCUAAAAAGAAACAAGAUCGGGAACGACGUGAAUUUAUUGAAGAGGCCAACAAGAAGACAGUAAGUCAACGGCAGAUCGAGGCCAAUAUGAUCCUAGCCCAACUUGCUAAAUACGGGCUCAAGAUCAAAGAAAUUCCGUCCGAUGGUCAUUGCAUGUAUCAUGCUGUUGCUGAUCAAAUCCAGCAAAAACGAUUGAAUAUCGCUGAUGGACUAGCAGGAUAUCAGCACUUAAGAACACUUACGAGCGAGUACAUGCUCGCACAUUCGGAGGACUUUUUGCCAUUUAUGGCACUGGAUGAUUCUUUUGCUAGUCCGGAAGACGCGUUUGCGACUUACUGCGAUCAACUGGUAAACACUGCUGUUUGGGGUGGUCAACUGGAACUUCGUGCUCUUGCUUGUGCACUUCGGGCGCCUAUCGAAGUAUUUUCAGCUGAAGGCGAUGUACUGUUAAUGGGUGAGCACUUUAACUCCGUCACACCAGCAUAG